CAGGUUCGCGUCCUCCGCUGCUCGGAAGCGUCGCGUCGCGUCCUCUCGGCCGGGCGAUCACAGCGGCGAUCUCCAGCCUGACCGAGAGUUCUCCGCCCGGCCGUGUCGCCCAGGUAGGCCCGCCACCUGGAGCGGAACCUCCGGCCCAGGAUCGCUUGAUCCCGCCGUCGGGUCCUCGUCGCGUCCGCUCCCGGUCGACCGGGCCGCCAGCGGUGUUAUCAAUUCAGUGCGUUAUUAAUUCAGGUGAGCCCUGGCUCUCCCGCCGCUGUCACGACGGCGGAGACCCGCGUGCAUUUUUCACGAGCCCGUGAGCGGACGACACCGGGGGACGGACGAAACCCUCUCCCCCGAUCGCCGGUGUCGUGAGUGCGCGCGAAGGGGAAAGACAGGGGAAGAGGGAAAUCGUCCGCGUCGGUCGUCGAAGCGGGAGCGGAGAACGUGGAGAAUCUUCGCCGCGCGCACCCGCAGUCGCGGCCGGAACUCGAUUCCACACGAGCCGUUCGAUCCUCGACGCGCUCGGACGCGGCGCGAAUCCGCCGCGCUCGUCUCGACGUGGGGAAUAACCUCGGGGAAGCUGUGAGGAACGUCUCGGCGCCCGGUGUCUCGUUCGAUCGCGUCGCGAAUCGCGUGAUCGAGUACCCGGCGACCGGAGCUCUCUUUUUCUUCUCUCUCUCUCUCUCUCUCUCUCUCUCCCUCUGCUUUUUCGCUCUCGCACCUAACUUCGCGUGGCUGCUUGUCGACCGCAGGGAGAGCCAUGAAGAAGGUCCGUCAUGGUCGGUGCGUCGUCGUCGCUGCCUCCGUCGUCGUCGUCGUCGUCGUCGCGAGGAACGGCCUCCCGGUGCCGCGAUAGUGCGUGUGCGCGCCGAUGUCGUCGGUGUCCGUGAGCCUCGUCGCCGAGGCCAGCAGCAGCGUCAUCGCCAUCGUCGCCAAGGACGACGUUUCCACGCUCGAGGACACGCGCUCGAGGGCACCCACUGAUCGCGCACGAGAAUAAUGAGAAUCAACGCGACGAAGAUGAGCACUCCGAUCGAGGAGAAGAUUGACCAGAAGCUGAAGGUGCGGACGGGGAUGGUGACAGUGAGCGACGGGAAGAGCAAACCCGUGCCGAUGCGCUUGCACCUGUCUAUGGAGGUAUUGAAGCUGCAACGGGAGGAUCUGGAGCAGGCAGCGAAUCACAAUAAGCCACCUUUGGACGCGAAGGAGCGCAUGGUGCAGAUCACCAGGUCAAAGGUCGGAGGUCUGGGGCUCAGUAUAAAGGGCGGAGCGGAACACAAGCUUCCAGUACUCAUAUCCAGGAUCUAUAAGGGUCAGGCCGCCGACCAAUGCGGCCAACUUUUUGUAGGCGACGCAAUUAUCAAAGUGAACGGGGAGUACAUCACGGCGUGCAACCACGACGACGCUGUUAAUAUCUUGAGGAACGCCGGCGACAUCGUGGUUCUAACGGUCAAGCAUUAUCGAGCCGCCAAGCCGUUUCUGCAGAAGAAUGGUACCGUCACACAAAAAGAAGAAAAACUGGACAACGUCGCCAACGCGGAAGAUGGAUGGAUAUCGCCAAACAGACAAGGCGGCAGUCCUCGUUGCAGCCACAGUCGACAGAGCUCGAAUGCAUCUUCCACUUCGAUGCAGUACAAGAGAUGGGUGGACGUCAUUACAGUCCCGCUGAUGAUGGCGUACGUAACGAGAUACAUAUUUGGCACCGACAAGCUGAGGAGGAACGCCUUCGAAGUGAGAGGUCUCAACGGGGCGCGCACGGGUGUGAUACAUUGUGACGACAGCGCUAUUCUCAGUCAAUGGUUGAAAUAUAUAACCGAUAACAUUACCGGAUUGACGCACUUGCAGAUGAAGCUGUACAAUCGUAAUUUCGGCGUCGGCGAGCGCAUCGAGUACAUGGGCUGGGUGAACGAGGCGGUGAGCAACAGCAAUCAGCCGUGGCAGAGCUACCGGCCGAGAUUCUUGGCGUUGAAAGGGCCGGACUUGUUGCUGUUCGAGACACCGCCCUGCAAUAUAGGCGACUGGUCACGCUGCGCGUUGACUUUCAAAGUGUACCAGACGAUGUUUCGCGUGAUGCGUGAGUCCGAGAACGUGGACGAAAGGCAGCACUGCUUCCUGGCACAGAGCCCGGGGAAACCGCCGCGAUACCUGAGCGUCGAGACCAGACAGGAGCUGCUGCGGGUCGAAGCGGCCUGGCAUACCGCUAUAUGCUCGGCUGUCACGCAUUUAAAGAGCAAAACCUUCCCGGUUACGUUCAAUAGCAGAAGCGCCGGUCUAACGUUGGAGUGGACCCAAGGAUUCACGUUGUCCUACGAGGGAAUCGGAGAGAUCGCAUGGCGUUAUAAGUUUUCCCAGUUGAGAGGAUCCAGCGACGACGGCAAGAGCAGGCUCAAAUUGCACUUCCAGGAACCGGACAGCAUCACUAUCGAGACGAAGGAAUUGGAGUGUUCCCAGCUGCAAAACCUGUUGUUCUGCAUGCACGCGUUUCUGACGGCGAAGGUAGCCGCGGUAGACCCCACAUUUUUAACGUCGACCACUCCGUAAAAAGAGAUGUAACAUAGAUAUAAUAUUGAACGUUAUUGCCGACGAAUCACCAAGUGGAUCAGAUCUUGUGUUCUGUUGUCGUUGUACGGUUUAGAUAGAGCGUGUGCGCUAAAAGCAAAAGAGAUAAAAGAAAGAAAGAUGGAAGGAACGAAGGGAAAAAACGGAGAAAGAAGUCUGCCGCGUGGCGGAGAAGCGGAAGGUGACAGGAACUAGUCAAUAUAUCCAAAAGGUAUUUUUAUCGUUUACAUAUGAAAUCACGCAAAGCGGUACUACUCUUACUACUCAUCCUACCAAGCCAAUUUCACUUAGUACGUAUAUGAAACCUAACGGCUAUCAUAGUAUUGUAACGCAUCUAAGAUAAGAUUUCGCGAGGGAGUUUCCAGGGCAGCGGCAGCGUGCAUCUGUGGAUGAUUGCCCGACAACGACGACGAUGCGAUUACGUUGUCUGUUCUUUUGCUAUGUACGUAUUUUCUCCUUUUUUUGAAUCUUUUUUGAAGCGAUGUCUCGCGUGUCUGCGAUUUUAUACGUAUUUUAGUAGGUAGCAUGCCACACACCUGUGGACGUAUAUACAUAUAUUUCAGUGCGAAAUAGUCCGUUUCGCGGACGUAUCUUUUGGUUUCCCGCGCCUUUGUUGUGCGAUAUGUCGCCCACGUCUGAGAUUAUAGGAAUUUACAGAAGACCAAUACGCCGGUUCAUGAUUUUUAAGUUACGAUGGCGAAUCGGUUCUCUCUAUCUAUCUUUCUAUCUCUCUCUCUCUCUCUCUCUCUCUUUCUCUCUAUCUCUCUUUAUUUCUCCUUUUUAGCCAUAAGAGAUUAUUUAUACGCUUCAGUAUCGUGUUGUGUGCAUACCGUACAUAUAUAUCAGGUGCCUUAAAAACCAUGAACAAGGAGUAGCUAAAUUAAACGGAGGCAUCAAAAUUUCCGUUUCUCGUCAGCGAGAAGAUGAAGAAUCAUUGCAUCCAUACUUAGGGUAUCGGCGGCGGCACAGGAACCGCGUUGCGGUGCAGUAGAGAAAUUCUGAUUUGCAUCUUAAAGAUACUUUGGUGUGGCGAUUGAAUUGACGAUUGAAGUGAAACAAGAGGAGAAGAAGAAGAAGAAGAAGAAGCAAAAGUAACAACAUAGUAUUGAUUCGUCCAAUGCGGUAAAACGUUGAAAGAGAUGACGAGAGUUAUACAAGCCCUAUAGCAAUAAAGAGAGAAAAAAGAAACUGUAAUCUACAAUUAGGUGGCUCACUCACACACACACACACACACACACACACACACACACACACACAUUCGAACUCGUAACUCGGAUAUCGAAAUAGUUUGUUUAACGACGCAGUAUUAUCGAUGGGGGCAAUAAUGAGUUCUACUAAUUAAUGGCGCCAUCGGUAUCGAGAGCUAAUUGCUGAAGCUACACGUGAUCGUUGACUCGUAUUUUCCCGCAUAUUGAGCGCGACUGCUUUCACGUAUCGUUUAACCGGCAACUCGCUAGAUUCGUUCGCUUACAUAGGCAAUUCCUGCUAUAUAUACGAUUGCAUAAAACAUAAUAAUUUCGCGAUGCACCGAAAGCUUAUUUGAUACGUGAUGGAUAUUGAAUCGCAUCACGCGCGCGCGCGUUCCGACAGGUCUAUUAGUGUGUCUUCAGAGGAUGUACCAAUUAUAUCUUUCCAAUCAUAGCUGUAGCGACCUAGAGUUAAUGCCUGUAUAUUGAGUAUCUUAUCGGUUAUCGCAAUUAGAUUUAAAGCAAUAAAUCCAUAAUGAAUGAACGACUAGGGGAAACCCGAGGCUAAGGCGGUAGGAUAUAAACGUACGAUUUAAGGGAAACCGCAUACACACGGUAAUAAGUGUGUGAGGCAGAAAGAAUAUCAUUAUCAAGGUAGAGCAUCCGCGUUUUCCAAUGUCAGCCUAUCAUCAUCCCCCUUUUCCCUCAUGGACGUGUUGUGUGUCACAUAGAUAACGCGUGGUUCAUUUUAACGUCGAGGAGACCGUUGCGGCUUUUCAUUUCCAUCCCGCGUAUCCCGAGAGUGUCUCCGGUUACUCGUAGAAAGUGCCUACAAAGUAACAUAGAGAAUGUAAAAAAAAAAAAAGAAAGAGAAGAAGAAGAAGAAAGUCGAAAAUCUCUCUGCUUCUGUUGUAUCGAAGAGCGUGGUCUAAUGCCGGUUGUACUUUUCUAGUCUAAAGCGUGAUCAGAGUCAGUUGUAUGCGAUACCGCGGCCGAGACGAUAUCAUAUCGCUCUCGUUUCUCGGCAGGGGAUCCCGGAUUCUCAUUCGGUCAAAAGGAGGAACAAGGAAAAGAGAUUACACCGCCGCCAUUUCGAGGAAUUCGUCAUCGUAUGAACGACACGUGUCACGUGAAAAUGUAUCUCUCUCUGCCGCGUAUUUCUUUACUUCAUUCACGAGAUCGCGACAUAAUAGAUAUAUCGUAGAGUAGUGUAACGAGAAAUUAAUCGAUAUAACGUAUAUCCGCUCUCGAACUCGAGCUCAGAGCGACUUCGACGACGAGCGUGUCGGACUUGCGUUUCCCUCGAGACGUUCAAUUCAAAUUAAGGAGUAUUCUGGUUCGAAAUGUCAUUUUGUGGGCGGUCUUUGGGAAUUCCUUUUGGAUCAACUAUAAGUCGUACGAUUCUGAAAUGUGUGAAUAUUUAUCGAUGUUUCAAAUAUGUACAGUAAUUUCUAUACGUUAUUAUAUUCGAUAUUAAUAGAGUUGUAAAUAAUUUAUUAUUUACAGCGCUGAACAUUUUGUUUAUACGGUCGAUACGAUUCCAGACAUUGUAGGCUGUUGAAACCAAUAUGGCGAAAAAAUUAUUAGACUGUAAACUUGUGGUUAUCGCCUCCAUUAUGAGGAAUAAAUACUGAUUUUAGAUAAAAUUGCACGGCUUAAAAGAGACAAAUUGACUUUUGACCAAUUCUUUUUCAGCUUCGGGAGUCCUUAAAAUAUCGAAAUAUCAAAGAUAUUGAAUUCAUCAUAGUUGAAACGAUAGUCACAGGUUUACAGUUUAAUAAUUUUUUGCCGUUUUGGUUUCAAAAACCCCCAACGUCCGGAAAUAUGUUAACCAACAUUUUGCGUUCAGCGCUAACAUUAUUUAUAACUUUAAUAAUAUUAAGUAUAAUAACGUGUAUAAAUUACCGUAUGUAGUUAAAGCAUAGACAAAUUUUUACUUAUUUUUAUUUAUUUUUCAUUUAUGUCAAACUUCAAAAUUAUGUGCCUUAUAGUUUCUUCAAGGGAAAUUCUCAACAGUCACCUAUCAGACGAAAAAAAUGAGAAAAUCCACUUAAUCGAGAAACAAGACUUUGUUGUCCGUCUACACUCUCGACGCUGAAUUCGUUUUGCAACUGUUUAGUCUCCAGUGCUGAAGAUUAUUUUUUUCUUCUACUUAUAACGAACCUCUCUCGUUGCGAAUUCUCUGAGUUCGAAGUCGAGGGCUUAUCGAGAGAACUGCACAAUUAUAUUACAUAGAUAAGUUAGUUAAAGGAGUAUGGAAUGAAGCUGAACAGAUCCAAAGCGCAAUUAUAUAGGUCCAGAUAAUUUGCCGAAAUCGUAGGCUGUUUUCCCCCUUUCUCUCUCUCUCUUUCUCCACACGAAAUAGAUUGUUGAGGGAUCUUAAACACGAUACUUGAAAUAUUUUGUUAUCGCUUCGAAAGUUAUCGUUUCUAUUUAUCGCGCGUUUUACUCUCGUUAAGUUAAGGAUCCUUGAAAUUUUUGCAUUAUCGUGUGAUCAGAGUUUGUGUGAGAAUAUCAUUAAUUUAACAAUAUACAUGUGCACCUCCACAAUCCACACGCUUCUUUUCUCCAAGCGACUCUCGUUCGCGCGACUCUGCGAAUUCAGCUCAUUCCAUGAGUUAUGCAAUAGAAUAGCUGUACAUAUAGCGCUCUUGGGCUGCAAACUCGCUGAAUAUUUAACUGAUUACUUUCGCAUAAGCGUCCGCAAUUCCAAAUCUCGUUCUUGUGUGUCGUACUCUCGGAUUCGUUCGUUAAAAAUUCAUCCGUCUCUCUUCCCUCGCAAUUCGUGCAUAUCAGUACGGGAUGGAAGAGCGAGCUCGCGGCGCCGGCUAACAUCAGCAUCGGAAUCUUAUAUUUCGAAAUAUAGUUUAUCUGUUAUAAUGUCUAUCCCCCAUUGACAAUAUGUUCUAAAAUAUAUCAUUGUUAGAAGU